AUGAAUAUGUAUUCAGAUUUAACCCAUGAAGAUUUUUUAAAAAGAAUGGGUGGUAAAUUGGACUAUAAUGAUUAUAAAGAAUUCGAUUAUAAUGAUAAUAAAGAAUUAGAUUAUAAUGAUAAUAAAGAAUUAGAUUGGAAAAAAGCUGGAGCAGUAACAAGCAUAAAAAAUCAAGGUGAAUGUGGAAGCUGUUGGACAUUUGGAGCGGUGAGAGCAUUGGAAGGGCAACACUUUUUAAAAAACGGAAAAUUAAUUUCGUUUAGCGAACAAAAUCUUUUGGACUGCGUAACUGAAGGAAAUGGUUGUGGUGGAGGAUAUUUGGAUUCUUCUUUUGAAUAUAUGAAAAAGAAUGGAAUAAAACAAAAUCUUAAUGAAGAACAAAUCAAAAAAAUUUUAUCCAAUAUUUGCCCAAUCGCAAGUGGAAUUAAUAUAGAGUCACCCUCAUUUCAAUUUUAUUCCGAGGGUAUUUAUUAUGACCGAUAUUGUAAUAAUAACAAAAUUAAUCACUUUGUACUAAUAACUGGUUAUGGUGAAAGUCGCGGUAAAAAGUAUUAGAUUGUAAAAAAUUCAUGGGGUGAAGAAUGGGGAGAAAAAGGAUAUUUUAAAAUCAUAAUGAAUAAUAAUCAUUGCGGAAUUGCUAAAUAUAUAGGUUAUCCAAUUAUAUAA